CAGGGUUGCUACCUGCACAAUCAGGGCUUCCAGGUAUGUGUGUGUAGAUGUGUGGUGUGUAUGUGUGGUGCGUGUAGUGUGUGUGUAUGUGUGGGGUCUGUGGUAUAUGUGUACAUGUGGUAUGUGGGUAGGUGUACACGUGGUAUGUAUGGUAUGUAUAUGGUCUGUGUAGUGUGUGUGGUAUUUAUGUGUGGUGUGUGUAACAUGUGUAGUGUAUGUGUAUGGUGUGUAUGUGUGGUAUGUAUGUAUGGUGCAUGUGUGGUGUACGUAGCACGUGUAUGUGUAGUGUGUGUAUGUAGAGCGGUGUGUGGGGUGUGUAUGUGUAAUGCAUGUGUGUGGUGUGUAUGUGUGGUGUGUGCCGUGUGUAGUAUAUAUGUGUGUGGUGUGUAUAGUGUGUGUGCAUGUGUGUGGUGUGUAUGUGUAGUGUGUGUGGUAUGUGUAUGUGCGGUGUGUGUGCUGUGUGUGGUGUGUGUAUAUGUGUGUGUGUGGUGUUUCUGUGUGGUGUGUGUGCGUGGACGUGGACAGCAGCCCCUCCUCCGCAGGGGCACACUCCUGUGAGGGUCUGGCUCCAGGGGAAGGAGGUUACACAGGAGUCAAGCAAUAGAGGGACAUUGCUCCAGACCCACUCCAUUUCGUCACUCUUUGAACAAUUAUUUCCAAGUCAAGAAGUUAAUGAAUAAGUAUUUCCCAUUCUGUAUAGCAUGUUCUGUAAGGAAACUAGCACUGUGUAACGAAUCUGCAGGAUCUCCUUGUGAGAAAAGCUUGAGAAAAAUAUCUUGCUAAGAGGUACCACUAUGGAGAAAACACUAGGUAACACAUAGCUUGCAAAUGAAUUUUGGGGUUUAAUUUCAUGCAAAUCCCUGACUUGGACAUUUGGUUUCAAAGGCUUGUUGGCUGCACUGUUUUCUGUGAUCAGAGAGACACACACCGUUGAUGUAACAGCCCGAUGUUGAUCUUUUUUCUUAAUUUGGUUCAGAGUUACAAUUUUCUCUUCCAUUAGCACCUAGAAUUUUCCAUUAGAAAAUUUCCUUUCCACUGGUGUCCGGAGAUGUCCAGACGCUUGUUCCAUUAAUAUUUAGUGUCUGGAAACCACAGCUGAGUCCAUGUGCUGCCUCAAGGCCGUUAUUUAAAGCCGGCUCACCGCCUUGGGCUCUUAGGAUUCUACCUCUGAGAUUAGAUCCACUAUGACACCAGAGCGAUCGACCUUUUCAUUGAAAAGCUAUUGAGAAUUGGACUUGGGAAUUAUAGUCACACAAUUUUUAAACUUUCCUCUCUCCCUCCUAACUUCAGGAUACUGUUUCUUUUCCCCAAGUGUCCAAGUAUUUCAAAUUUUAUGUAUUGCUGCUUUUUCAUUUCUUUAAACAAUUUUUUUCAUAUUACAUAAGGAAUUCACCUCAUUGUUUUUUAAAAAUUGUAGAAACACAUAAUAUAGAAAGUGAAAACCCCCCUCUCUCUCAGAGAUGAGUUUGUUGUUCUUGGGUCUCAUGUACUUUGGUUUCACUUUUCUCAGACAAUGAAAUUUGAA